AUGGCUUCGCCCAGAGGGGCUGGUGGCUGCGGUGCUCCUCACUCUCCAGACGCUCGAAGAAAAGCCUCAUGGUCGGGUCGGCAUGAGGGAGAGUGUCGAGUGCUGAAGGCCUGGGGUGUGGGUGAGCAGGGGCUGACAUCCUGGGUAAAGUCAUGUUGGGGAGCUUUGGCCCUGAUUCCUCUCCCAGUUACGCUUCAGUGUACGAUAGUCAUGUUCUUGCUCAACAUUCUUUGUAUGAAGAUGUUCGUACUUCUCGAACAUCUUGGCAAUGCUGGCGUGGAGGAGCUCUACUUCUGCCUAGAGAUGGUAUCUGCUGAAGGUUUCCUUUGGGAGGUACCCCCGCGGGGGGUAUGGUGCUGA